AAAUAUUGCUAAGACCACGAGACGGCCGGUUCAAGUCUGGCCACUCCAAUGGGGAGUUCGUACCAAAAGGUUCACAGGCUAUGGACGGUUGAAUUACAGGGCCAGCCAUGGGGCAAACACAGCCGACAGAAAACAGUGACCAGAUCGAUGUCAAAGUGAUUCAGGGAAUGUAUAGAAAGUUUGUUAAGGAGUGCCCGAGUGGAGUACUUUUUCUACACGAGUUCAAGCGUUUCUUUGGCGUGGACCCGACAGGAGAGGCGUCUGAAUAUGCCGAGAACAUGUUUCGAGCUUUCGACAGGAACGGGCUUGUCUUUCAGGACAAUACAAUUGAUUUCCUAGAGUUCGUGGCAGCACUCAACCUUGUUUUCCGGGGAGACCUGGAGCACAAACUGCGCUGGUCAUUCAAGGUGUAUGACAAAGAUGGCAAUGGCUUUGUGGACAGGGAGGAACUAAAGUCAAUCAUUUAUACUCUGUAUCGGAUAAAGAAAGUCACAAAGACCGACAUUGGUGAAACGAAACUUACAGUAGAUGAGGUUACAGAUCGAAUACUAAACGCCGUCGACAGUGAUGGGGAUGGACACAUAAGCAUGGAGGAGUUCAUUGAAGGUGCUCAGCAGGACCCCUGGGUGCUCAACAUGCUGAAGUUGGAAUUGAACCCUGCUGGAUGGCUGCUGCAGCAACAGAGGAGGGCCCACUUUUGAAAUGACACCGGCCUUUUUUCAUUGGCUCAAAUCUGACCACUCGCCAACAACACACGGAUCAGGAAACACAUUUGAUGCAGUGUUUUUCUAUUUCACAGACUGACGCAUUUUCCCACAAAUAUAAUAAUUACGGUUAUUUGGUAAAUAUGUAUAUAUAUUAAUGUAUAUAGUACUAAAGUCACAGCCAUAUAAAGUGGCAAUAUGUAAAUUGUGUAUGAUUUAUAAGUGUGCUUUUCUAUUGUUUUUUUUACUGCUUUGUUUUUCAGUGAAAAUAACAUCACUGGAACUGCAUUGUCCCUAUUUAAUUAAAGUUGUGAAAUAAUCUUGUUUUGCCUGAUUACUAUUGUAAAAGGCAGCUUUUUUUUCUUGAUCUAUGAAUUAAAGUUCAGUAUAAACUCA